CUUUUUUACUGUCUAACUUACUGCGUGUAGGUACAACUCACACACAGCCGUUAAGCGAUUUGGAGGCUCGUCCGUGUGUAGUUUAGUCGGUUUCGGAUGUUUGUGUGUAUAUGCGCGCAGUGACUAAUUUAGUAUAGCCAUCGGUGUUUGUGUGGGUGAAGCUGUGGUCGCGCUUUUUUGCAUAUUUUUUUUUGCACAUUAGCGCGCCACACCGCAUUCCGCGCCAAGCACAAUAGAAACCGGUGUCUGUGUGUUAGUUUCGCGCUAAAACGAUCGUUCGGGGGAUACAUUUUUUUGAAUUCGGAUGGCGUGAUUUCAAUUGUGCUAUUUAUUAUCUAAAUAGUCCAAUGUCUCAAUGCCAGUGGGGAAGGUAUUGUUGUUUUUCAAGGACAAAGAGCUUCGGAAGCAAGUGAUAAAAGCCGACCAUGUAGGUUACAAUCCUACAGGAUUAAUACUAUCAGUAGGUGACUAUUUGCAAUUUUCUCCAAGACAAGUUUAAACUAAAGAUAACAAGAGAUUAGUUUCGAAGCAAUGGUGAAGCUUCGAGCUAAUCAUUCUGUUGUUUCCAAAGAAAGAAAAUUUGAAGAAAAACAAGUAUUUACUAUGACAAAGCAUCUCCAUCAACAAUGUAAUAGAAAAACAUGUUGUACCGGAUUGGCAUUUGCAUUUUGUUUUCUAAUAUUCCGGCCAAAUGUGGGUUUCAAAACAAGCGUCAACAGCCCACUUUGACAGCCCUUCCCGUAUCAACACACACAUAUACGAACAGUCGUAACAGCACCGACUGCAACACACACACACUACAAACGAACGGGUAUAAACGAGAGAGCGCGCGCGCGUCUGCAUGUGUGUGCGAUUGUUUAUUCGAAAUUAUUUAAGUGCUCGCUGCCUACGUGAUGGAGGGUCAAUUGCUCGAAUAAAGCACAAAGCACCGGUGGUGUGUGCACGGUCGGUCGCUCGGUCGUGACGAGUCGAACGCUCCAACAGACGAUUGCGCUACCUAUAAACCCAACGCCAGGCAAGGCCAGUAGUUGCAAACCAGUGAAUGAAAGGCUGUGGUGUGAUUUCUUGCAAUCUUUGAGUCGUGUUUUAAUUGUUUUUGCAACACAUAGAAGCUAGGAGAAGAAAAGUGAAAACAACAACAAUAGCGCUUGAGCAGACAGUCAGUGGAAAAGUGGAAAAGUGAAACAAAGAAGAGUGGCCUGCUGUUGCAAAAGUGGUGUGUGACAAAACCGAUAAAAACAAAAGUGUGCCAUUCCUUCCAGACGAAUCUCUUCGCUCAGCGACGGUUGUGCCGUUUGUGUUGCUGUGCGGUUCCUCUUUGUUGUUUGACAUCAUAUCACGACACCCAACAUGCCUCCAUCGCGCCUGGACGGGCUCUAUCGCUCGCUGCUGCUGACCAAGUUCUUCUGCAAAGGAUGGGGCAAGCCGGAAAAUCUCGAAAGGUUGUUUGCCUUCCGAAAGAUCAUCUCGAACCGGGCCGCCUGCUCGCAGCUGGUGCCACGUGACUACCCGGUGGAGAUUACGAAGGAAGAGAUCCACUCGGACUGCAAAAUACUGGAGGGCAAGUUCAUAUCGCCGCUGGAAAUCUACAUGCCCGGGCUGGUGCCGGACGUGGCACAGAACGCUCACUUCCAGAUACUGCUGCCGCUGAAGUGGAACGAUGAGCGGUACAAGCCAAUUUGCAUCCAUCUGGCCGGCACCGGGGAUCAUUACUACUGGAAGCGACGGAAUCUGAUUGCCAAACCGCUGCUGAAGGAAGCGAAUUUGGGUGCAAUUAUCUUAGAAAAUCCUUUCUACGGUUUGCGCAAACCGAAAGAGCAACGUGCAUCCAGCCUGCAAAAUGUGUCGGACAUUUUCGUCAUGGGCGGUUGCCUGGUGCUGGAAUCGCUCGUCCUGCUGAACUGGUGCGAACGCAACGGGUACGGCCCGCUCGGCAUUACCGGGCUGUCGAUGGGCGGCCAUAUGGCUUCGCUGGCGGCCACGAACUGGCCGAAACCGCUCGUGCUCGUACCGUGCCUGUCCUGGUCGACGGCCUCGUCCGUGUUUACCGAGGGCGUCAUGAGCCAUUCCAUCAGCUGGGACGUGCUGGAGACGCAGUACUUCGCCGACGGUAACUUCCGCGAGCGGCUCUCCAAGAUGGUGACCGUGGUGGAUGACGCAUUUGUGGCCGGCAAGCAUUUCAUACAGAACUUCAACCAGUCGGUAGAGGAGCUGCGGCAGGACAUUGACGAAACGAGCGAUCUCGUGUGCGGCGAUCCGUCCACGGACGUCAACCUGACCGUGAUCCGCGAAACUACGCCCGAGCACGAGCAGAAGAAAAAUCUCAUCCACAUCAACCGGUCGAACGCGCUCAGCCUGUCCGAGCCGCUGCUCAACAAGCUGCUCUCGAACGUGCGCUGCGAGCUGACGCAGGAAGAGAUCGACGAGCUGAAUGUGAAGAUCCACCUGGCGCUCAAGCGCCACAACGAGGAGCUGCAGGCGGAAGGUGGUGGUGCUGCUACCUCCCCGAGCGGCUCCAAGACGGUGCUACUGGAGGUGAAGGCGGAAGGGAAAGCCGUUACACCGACGGCGGUGCCCGCCAUUGCUCCUGCCGCCUCCAAGUCCGUGGGUACGAAAAUCAUGGAAUACAUCAGCUGGGGCUCGUCCUCGACGGCGGACGGUGCCGCGGCGGAAGAGAAACGCAUCCCGAUCGACACGACCAAGCAGCGGUGGUGGGAACGGGAAGCGCUACAGUUCAUGCGCGGCAUGAUGGACGAAUGUACGCACCUGAAGAACUUCUCCGUACCGUACGACACCUCGCUCAUCAUUGCCGUCUGCGCGAAGGACGAUGCGUACAUUCCGCGCGAUGGCUGCACCAGCCUGGAGGACAUUUGGCCCGGCGCCGAAAUUCGAUACCUCGAUGCGGGCCACGUCAGCGCGUACGUGCUGCACCAGAAGCUGUUCCGCUCGUGCAUUAUCGAGGCGUUUGAGCGGGCGAAGAAAAAGUGGGUCCCGGAGGGGGAACAGUUGCGCAAACAGGUGAACGGUGCGCGGCCGGGCAACAGCCCAUCCACCACGGUUGAGGGUGAUGUGCCGGAAGGGCCACCGAAAUAGGCGACCAGCGCUAGCUAGCCAUGGGGUGGGACAAAAACCAAAGAUACACAGAGGAAAUGCUGCUGCCUUCAGCCACAGCUCCUGCGAAAGCCUCCGCAAUCAUUGUGGAAAAACGGGGGGGAAACAUUAACCGGUACGCCGGGAAACAAAACAGUCAGGGUGUGCCGCGUUCACCCUCAGCUCCGGGGGGAGAGCAGCAGCGAACCUUUUAGCGGACGUUGUGGAACUCGGGAACAAACGAUCUGCUGUAUUAUAUGGUUCGUUUGCUCGGCCCACGAACGCUUCAGUCGAUCCGGCAUCACGGUUUUCAAGGGGUGCAGGACGAAAACGUACAAAAGAAAGCGGGAAAAUGAGCGGCAGAACGAAGAACAGAACGAAGAAAUUCCGUACAAAUGCUGUUUUACGGUGCAAUGCUACAAAGAUGGGUGUUUUUUGAACGGUUUUGAACGUUUGCAAGGUUGUGAUAAUAAUUGCGCAAGCGAAUGGUAGCGAGAGCACGAGAGAGAUAGAGAGAGCUGUUAUAUUCUGAUUAUUGUUUUAGCUAGUUAAGGAAUGCGAAUGUGAAUCGACAGUUUCGAAAGUGAGGAAAAUGUUAGUUGCCAAGUGAGAUAAUUCGUUUUGCCAUCGAGUUGUACAGUGAAUAAUUGAUGAUUCCUUUCACUCUACUUAUUUAAACUCAUUCAAACGUUCAUCAUGUACUGGUAUUUUCAACACACUGGUAUUUUUAAUUGGUAAUAUACCACUUUGAGGUGAGUUCCAAUUCGUUAAAAUUCAUCUCCGACUCCUCAAAGACAUACGCAAGUUUCGUUAGUUUUUUGCCACUGCAAUCUUCUGCUGAUUCAAAUAGUGAUAGUGUUUCUAUGUUACCAACUAAUUAUUGCUUUGUAAUAAACUUGCUACAAAAUGUAUACAAC